CCCAAAGAGGUGGUUUUUUUUUUUUUUCUCGAAAGGGUAGCUAUGAUGAGUGGGCCCCUGAGAUGCGAGACGGGGAGGUAAAAUGCACGUUUGCUGCCCCCCAGUAACUUUGGAACAGGACCUUCACAGAAAAAUGCAUAGCUGGAUGCUGCAGACGCUAGCAUUUGCUGUCACAUCUCUCGUCCUUUCCUGUGCAGAAACCAUCGAUUAUUAUGGGGAAAUCUGUGACAAUGCAUGUCCUUGUGAGGAAAAGGACGGCAUUUUAACUGUGAGCUGUGAAAACCGAGGGAUCAUCAGUCUCUCUGAAAUUAGCCCUCCCCGUUUCCCAAUCUAUCACCUCUUGUUGUCUGGAAACCUUCUGAGCCGCCUCUAUCCCAAUGAGUUUGUUAAUUACACUGGGGCUUCAAUUUUACAUCUGGGUAGCAAUGUUAUCCAAGACAUUGAGACUGGGGCUUUCCAUGGGCUGCGGGGUCUGAGGAGACUACAUCUAAACAAUAAUAAAUUGGAACUUCUGCGGGAUGAUACCUUUCUUGGCUUGGAGAACUUAGAAUACCUGCAGGUCGAUUACAAUUACAUCAGUGUCAUUGAACCCAAUGCUUUUGGGAAACUGCACAUGUUGCAGGUGCUCAUCCUCAAUGACAAUCUCUUGUCAGGUUUACCCAACAACCUUUUCCGUUUUGUGCCCUUAACGCAUUUGGACUUGCGGGGGAACAGGCUGAAGCUACUGCCCUAUGUGGGGCUGUUGCAACACAUGGAUAAAGUUGUGGAGCUACAGCUGGAGGAAAACCCCUGGAAUUGCUCCUGUGAACUCAUUUCUCUCAAGGAUUGGCUGGACAGCAUCUCCUACUCAGCCCUUGUGGGCGAUGUGGUCUGUGAGACCCCCUUCCGUCUACACGGCAGGGAUUUGGAUGAGGUAUCCAAGCAGGAACUUUGUCCAAGGAAACUUAUCUCUGACUAUGAGAUGAGGCCGCAGACUCCUUUAAGCACCACGGGGUAUCUACAUACCACCCCAGCUUCUGUGAACUCUGUGGCCACUUCUUCCUCUGCUGUUUACAAACCCCCCUUGAAGCCUCCUAAGGGGACCCGCCAGCCCAACAAACCCAGAGUGCGCCCCACUUCUAGGCAGCCCUCUAAAGACCUGGGCUACAGUAACUAUGGUCCCAGCAUAGCCUACCAGACCAAAUCCCCGGUGCCUUUGGAGUGUCCCACGGCAUGUACUUGCAACCUGCAGAUCUCUGAUCUUGGUCUCAAUGUCAACUGCCAAGAACGCAAGAUAGAGAGCAUCGCUGAGCUGCAGCCUAAGCCCUACAAUCCUAAGAAAAUGUACCUAACAGAGAACUACAUCACUGUUGUGCGCAGAACAGACUUCCUGGAAGCCACCGGGCUGGACCUCCUACACCUGGGUAACAACCGCAUCUCAAUGAUCCAGGACCGGGCCUUUGGGGAUCUAGGCAACCUGAGACGCCUCUAUCUGAAUGGAAACAGGAUUGAGAGGCUGAGCCCAGAGUUGUUCUAUGGCCUGCAGAGCCUGCAGUAUCUCUUCCUCCAGUACAAUCUCAUCCGUGAGAUCCAGUCUGGGACUUUUGAUCCAGUCCCAAACCUCCAGCUGCUGUUCUUGAACAACAACCAACUGCAGGCCAUGCCUUCAGGUGUCUUCUCUGGCCUGACACUUCUCAGGCUGAACCUGAGGGGUAACAGCUUCGCCUCCUUGCCAGUGAGUGGAGUUUUGGAUCAGCUGACUUCCCUCAUUCAAAUAGAUCUACACGACAACCCUUGGGAUUGUACCUGCGACGUGGUGGGCAUGAAGCUGUGGAUUGAGCAGCUCAAAGUGGGAGUGUUAGUGGACGAAGUGAUCUGCAAGGCGCCCAAGAAAUUCGCAGAGACCUACAUGCGCUCCAUCAAGUCUGAACUGCUAUGUCCAGACUACUCUGACGUAGUGGUGUCCACGCCCACGCCCUCUUCCAUCCAGGUACCAUCCCGGACCAAUGCAGCGACACCGGCUGUGAGGUUGAAUAGCACUGGGACCCCCGCAGGUUUAGGUGCAGGGACUGGGGCCUCCUCUGUGCCCUUAUCCGUGUUGAUCCUCAGUCUGCUGCUGGUUUUCAUCAUGUCGGUCUUUGUGGCGGCAGGCCUAUUCGUGCUGGUCAUGAAACGGAGGAAAAAGAACCAGAGCGACCACACCAGUACCAACAACUCCGACGUGAGCUCUUUCAACAUGCAGUACAGCGUGUAUGGGGGAGGAGGCGGCGGCGGGGGUGGCCACCCGCACGCCCACGUGCACCAUCGCGGGCCUGCGCUGCCCAAGGUGAAGACUCCCGCGGGCCACGUGUAUGAAUACAUCCCUCACCCCCUGGGCCACAUGUGCAAAAACCCCAUCUACCGGUCCCGAGAAGGCAAUUCCGUGGAGGAUUACAAAGACCUGCACGAGCUCAAGGUCACUUACAGCAGCAACCACCACCUGCAGCAGCAGCAGCAGCCGCCGCCGCCACCGCCGCAGCCCCAGCAGCAACCCCCUCCGCAGCUGCAGCCUGGGGAGGAGGAGAGGCGGGAAAGCCACCACUUGAGGAGCCCCGCCUACAGCGUCAGCACCAUCGAGCCCCGAGAGGACCUGCUGUCGCCCGUGCAGGACGCCGAUCGCUUCUACAGGGGCAUUUUAGAGCCAGACAAACACUGCUCCACUACCCCCGCAGGCAGCAGCCUCCCGGAAUACCCCAAGUUCCCAUGCAGCCCCGCUGCUUACACUUUCUCCCCAAACUAUGACCUGCGACGCCCCCAUCAGUAUUUGCACCCGGGUGCAGGGGAGAGCAGGCUGCGGGAACCGGUGCUCUACAGCCCUCCGGGUGCUGUCUUUGUAGAACCGAACCGGAACGAGUACCUGGAGUUAAAAGCAAAACUCAAUGUUGAGCCGGACUACCUCGAAGUGCUGGAAAAACAGACCACAUUUAGUCAGUUCUAAAAACAAAGAAACUGUAUUGGAGCUCUCUUGCGUUUAGAACAAGCAAGCAAGCAGACACGCUCGUGAACACAUUUGAUUAAUUGUGUCGUUUCAACAUUUUAGGGCGAAGUGCCUUGGCACGCGAUUCUCAGCUUCUUCGGUGGAAGCUGACUGAAAGGGUGUGCAAUUUCCUCUUAAUUUUACACGCGGGAAACAUUUGUGUAAACUAGGCACAUCACUUUCUCUUCUUGUCUGUGGGGGAAGACAGAAGGGCUUUCUGGAGGGCGAUUUGCAUCAAGAGUGACUGGAAACAGGUUGUGGUCCCUUUGGCGGAGCUCUGAAGUUUCAAAGGGUGCGGGUGGAAGCAGCUUAGAUUCUACUCAUCCUUUUGCUCCUCUUCUCACACUCUUCUUCUCCUUAGAGCCUUGGCAUUGGUUGAGAGAUUAGCACACCCCAACGUUAAUAGGAAGUUUGUUCUCUCUCACUUCUCCUCCCACCCCUCCCACCUUCCCCCUCAAUCCUUUCCUUUGUUUUUAAAGGAUGUGUUUGUAUGCAUUCUGGACGUUUGAAUUAAAAAAAAAAAAAAUCUUGUGAUCCAGAAAGGCUCACUAUAGAUGUGGACAAAUCAUUAAAAUUACAGAGCUAUAUGAUCCAUAAUUGAUUAGUCAAAAUAACUUAUUGAUGAAAUAUACAAAUAUUUUAUUGUAGCACCUAUUUUUAUAUGCACAUUUAGCAUUCCUCUUUCCUUCACUAUUUAGCCUAUGAUUUUCACAGAGGCGUUGUUGCACUGGAUUAGCUGCAUUUCCAAAACUAGAGUGAUAUCAGAAAGGCCUAUUAAAUAUUUAAAGACACGGAGCACUUAAUGGCAAAAGUCUUUAAAAGUACAUAAAACCCAUCCAAUGGGACCUGCAAUUAAAAAAAAAAGAAAGAAAGAAAGAAAGAAGAAAAGAAAAAAAGGGAGGCUGAGUGUAUCCCACUAUAUAAAAGGAGAAAAGAUGGGGCAAUGAAUUGGUUUGUUCGAUGGAGAAAUGUGUAGAAGUUUUUGGUUGUAUCAGAGAAGUUUGAAAAGUAUUUUUAUUAGUGAACCAAAAUGAUGUAUUGAUUUGACUACUAUUGUAGCCGAUUUUUUGAUUGUGUAACCAAACCCAGUUGCAUUUGUACAGAUCCACGUGCACUUGCACUUCAGAAGACCAAAUGCUGGGCUGUACAAGUCUCUGUAUGAUGUCUUUAUCCCUCUGGGCAGAUGCUAAUGACAAACAGGAUCUCUGUAAGACAGACUACUAUUGUUACAGUCUCAUAUGUAUCCCAGCACAUGUAAUUUUUUAAAAUAGUUUCUGAAUAAACACUUGAUAACUAUGUCAACUUUGAGGGAGUUAAGUAAUGAUUCCUUGAGAUGGUGGGACCACCCUUAUUCACGAUUUAGGAACUAGUAGCUAUUUUCGUCCUAGUAAGAAUAAGUUACCCCUAAUUAUAAAAAUGUCAAUGUAUGUAUGCUCAUGCAUACAUAGACAUAAAAUUUACUUCUUUGUGUGUUGGUUCAAAAAUGAUUUUUUUCUGAAUGUCUCUGACAUGUUUAGUAAUGGUAUUUUAAUUGUAUGAUUUCUCACUGGAGUGCGAUUCUAGUACAAGCAUGGAUCAUGGUAAGUAAUAUGUUAAUUCUCAUUCUUCUUACACAGUUUUCUAUUUUCCCUGUUCAAACUGUAUCUGCAGCCUGAGGACUUUCAUAUCUUAACUUGUGUGAAAUUGCUUAUCAAUUUAGAAGGAUACCUUAUCUAAAGAUGAUGGAUGUCAUAAAUGUUUGGGAUGUUUGUGGGUAUAAGCUGUGCACCUGUGAAAAAAAGGCUUUUCAGUGAAUUUAAACAAGCAUUUCACGAGAGGAAAUGUUUGACUCAAUCUGAAACUCAAAAAGCGAGUAGCACUUCAUUCCUACUUCUGUUUCUCUGCAAGGGCUCACCUAGAAUGUGGACAGUACCAAGGGCUGUUUAUGAACUUCCUGUUUAAGGAACAAUUGCAGUGGCAUUCUGCCACAAAGAGGCAGCACUCACCCAUGAGUAAAUUGACAGUAACUACUCCAAUUCAGAUUGAAGUGGUAGACACAGUUUUCCUGAAGAAUUAUAAACAAUGAAAUAACUCCAAUGCUACUUUCACCAAGAGCAGGGAGCUAUCCACUCUCCACAUUGGCUCUCCCAAGUAUGUUCCCAGAGGAGAAAAAGAAUAAGCUUAGUAGUGCCACAAUAUUAUCAUGGAAAUAAAACCUUAUCUCAGAUUCUUCAUCUACCUCCUCUAUUUUAGAUUCAAGGAUUAUAAACAAAAAGAGCAGUAUUUCACAUGGAUGUGACGGAUAAUUCUUCUUUAUAGACUGUGUUAUGUUUUUCUUUGGAAAGUGCUAUUAUCACUUUCCCACUAUUCUAUAUUCAAAUAUGAUAGUAUUUUAUAAAUUAUAAAAUACUGAUGCCAUUUAAAAGCCUCCAUAUAACAAGGGUUUUUUUUUUAUCUUAAAGUCAUAAAUAAUCAACAUCAAGGUAUAUGGCUGAAGAGUAAAAUUUCCAAAGAAAAUUUAUUAACAUUUUCAAUCAAGCUUUUUUUUUUAAAACAGCACUAAAUACUGUGGUCUCCUUUGAUAAUUUCAUUUGUUUUCUUUUUUUCUAUAAUGCAACCUGAAGUUUUUAGAAUACUGUAUUUUUAAAAACAGAAAAAUUGAAAAUUAUGUGGAUAGUUGACAAAGGUUACUUUAAAAUCUAUUAGUGUUUUCCAUUAAGAGGUUAAAAUAGAUUCAUCUUCAAUUUGCUAAGUUAGAAAAAAUAUGUUCAGAAUAAUAUUGCAAAGAAUACAUGAAAAUUAUCUUUCUCCUUAUAUAUGCUUUGAACAAUAUAUUAUCAUGCACAAUAGAAGCUUAAAUGUGUACACCUGCAUAUUUUGUUUCUGAUGUUUAAUGUUUAUCCAGAUAAUUUAUCAAAUUAGAUGUGCAGUGGUAUGUGAUUUAGUUCUGGGGCCCUGCAGAUACACCCCAUCAAAUUUUGGAGACCAGCAUGCUUUGCUUCUGUCACCAAGUAAAAUCUUAAUGCAAGUUAGGCUUGCUUUUUGUGAAUAUUCUUUUAAAUAUGUUGUAUAAUCUAAUGUAAAUAUACAUUUAGCUAGAUAGAAAUAUCAUUUUUAUUUUCUCUGCUUAUAAUGUAAAAACUGCAAUGUUCUUAGAUAAGUCUUUCCCAUAAUUUGCAUACUGAUAGAAAAGUCACUCUGAAUUAUUUAUACAUAUUUCAUUUAAAUAUUGGCAUCAGCUUGUGAAAGAAAACUUCACACAUGUACAAUGGGUCAUUAUGCCUAUCCUACAUAUGUCAUUUCUGCUUCCCAUAUACUUUUUCCUUAACCACAACAGGAAAAAAAAAUCAUUCAAGGAGAUAGAGAAAAUACACACAUACAUGGAAACAGUGGUCUAAGAUUUUCACCUUGGUAUUCUUGAUAUUCAGUUGUAUUUUUGCCAAGCAACUCAGAUUAUUGCAUAUUAUUUUCAUUUCUUAAUCUGUUACAAUAUUUCUUCUCCUUACAUCUCUGCCUCUUUCAUUUCCUCUCUUAUUUUAUUUACUCAUUUAUGUCUUUUUGUAGUAGUUGUUGUUGUUGUCCAGUAGAGAAAGGAAUUGAGUUAAAAUUAUUUAGUCAUGGUCUAAAAUGCCAAAACUCGCCAUUCAACUUCAAGAGUCCAGUGUCUUGUUUCCCAGAUCUCAGGACUUCAUAUUACUGAAAAGAAAGCAGAACUCAUAGUUUGAAUUCAGUUUGAAACAUGUUCUUGUAUUUUUUUAGAUAAGUAAAAGUUAAAAUAUUUGCUGAUGUGAAAAAGUUGUUGCAACUAUAUUUUUUCAAGAAUAAAAAGAAUAAAAUUUUAAUAUAACGAAACCAA